AUGGCUAGCUCUCACAUCGCUGUUUGCAACGCUUUGCUGGGCAUUCUCCUGGGAACCAUUGUCCAAGGAGCUCCGCUCUCUAAUGUAGGCGAUUCUACUGAGGUGAUCGACUUCUACCAGUUGUUUAAUAACCCCGAGGCGCAUUUGUCCCUAACCGAUGGUCCCGACACGAUUUACUUCAUCGAGGACCACGGUUAUCCUGCAGAGCGACAUUAUGUGACCACCGAAGAUGGCUACAUCAUCAGCCUAUUCCGAAUUCCCUUCUCCCAUAAUCUGCAAAAUCAAGAUGAUAAGAGACCGAUUGCCUUCCUCCAGCACGGACUCUUUGGAAGCUCUGAUGCUUGGCCGAGCUUGGGACCGGAUGAUGCUCUUCCCUUCCUGCUUUCUGAUGCAGGAUACGAUGUGUGGAUGGGCAAUGCCCGGGGAAACAGAUACUCCAGGAAUCACACGACUCGCUCCACCAAACAUCCUGACUUCUGGCGCUUCAGUUGGCACGAGAUUGCGUACUAUGAUAUUGCAGCAGCCAUCGAUUACACUUUGUCUACUGAAAAUGGAGAGGGGCAGGAGGGCAUCCACUAUGUGGGUCACUCGCAGGGAACCACUGUGAUGUUCGUCUUGAUGUCCUCGAGACCGGAGUACAACGAGAAGGUCAAGACGGCGCACAUGCUGGCUCCAGUGGCUUUCAUGGAUCACAUGGACGACAUAAUGGUCAACACCUUGUCUCCCUAUCUGGGAUUCAAUAACGUAUACUCAACACUCUUCUGCUCCCAGGAGUUCUUGCCCUAUAACGAUUUUGUCCUAGCUCUGAUGUAUAGUGUUUGUCUUCCGGGGUCAAUUGUUUCGAGUUUCUGCAGCAGCAGCAAUGAGACGACUGUUGAGCAAGGAAGAUCCAAUACGACGGCCACUGCCUUGCUGUCCGGAGUGAUGCCCGCUGGCAUUUCAACCGAUCAGGUUCUUCACUACAUGCAGGAACACCAAUCAGGACACUUCCGCCAGUUUGACUUCGGCACCAAGAAGAAUCUGAAGAUAUACGGAACCGAAUCCCCUCCGGAUUAUCCCACUGAACUGAUUACAACUGAAAUGCACCUGUGGUAUUCGGACAACGAUGAGAUGUCUGCAGUUGAGGAUGUCCUUAGGGUGGCGGAGACGCUGCCCAACAAGGUGAUGCACCACAUGGAGGAUCCACUGUGGGAUCAUAACGACUUCGCCAACAAUUGGGAAGUACGGCAGUACAUCAAUGAACCUAUUAUAGCCAUCAUGAACGAGUACGAGGCGAAGUCCAAGUCUGGCCAGUAGUUUAGUUUCUUUUCUUAAUUAUGAUAAUUAUUGAUAAUAAUGCAAAUGCGAACAAAAUCAA